AUCUCAAACGAGUGUCUUUCUAAGAUGUCUCUACGAAGAAAAGGCCAGUGAACUGACUUAAAUGUCAAAGUGACCGUACUGACAACAUGUAGCCGACACUGCGCGCCAUACAGGUUGAAGUAGUGGACUCCAUCAUGCCCUACACCAUGGACCGUAUCGUCGAGUUCUGGCACCUGUUUGGUCUACACAUCCGGAACGGGAAGAAAUUAUGUCACGCCAAAGAUCCUCCUAGCGAUCUAGCUCUCGCCGACGUAACUGAAACGAAGACAUCGAUGGACGCACUCAUGGACAUACUUGAUGCGGGUUACAGGUUGGAAGAUGCUGCCCUGAUACGAGCAACACUCGCAUGCAUGCGGUUCCGUAUAGUACAUGGCGGCGUUGAGGCUAUGGAAUGCGUGGAUGCCGUGCGACGUGCAUAUACAGUUGAAGUAGCCUUUAGGGACCAGGCCGGGGUGCAGAAGCGCAUUCUGCUGACAGCUGCACUUUCUCAGCGAUCAAGCCUGUGCUUCCCUGGUACUGUAAGGGAUGCGUUUUCGAAGGUUCUCGAGUGCCAAGAGUUGAGGGACGAUUGGGAUGAAGCAAAGAGGUGGCAGGACAGGAAGUCAUAGUCGGACCGCAUGGUGUGAGAUCGAAGAAGGAAAUGUGAUGCAACAUUCCCAAGCUAUCCGGGGGUCAGUCAAGAUGCAAGCUUGUGCGUCACUCAUGGACAAUCGUCGCCAGCAACAGCUUCAAGCCUGGAAAUAUAACAUAGCCCUACGCCCCUCCUUUCAUUGAAAAAUAGGAGCCUAGCUCUACAUCCAAUAUCUCUUGCCUUGUCCCAAACUAUGCCACAAGGUUGAGAUCAUGGGGAAGUUCUUCUGUGAGGUAUGUAACGAGGGCUAAGCUUCGCUACUGAUUGAAUUAGCUAUACCCGUCGAGCAAAAAGUAAAGUAGAACGAUUUCGACGAGCU